GCAAACAAAUCAAAAUAAAAAACAAAAAACACUCUGCAUUUUCCACUCUUAUGCUUAUUGCUUUCUUCCAAAUCAACAAAUUUGAUCAAUUUUAUUCGCAAGAAUGUCAGAGAAUAUAUACCAGUGGCUGCAACACAUCUUCUCUUCUGUCAAAAUCUCAUCUUUUUAAUCCAUAUGCUCUCACAUUCGGUUGGGAUCAUCCACAUUUUAGCUUAAAUUCGACUUAAAAAAGCAUUCUUUCGCAAAAUCGAGAAAACGGGUGUUAUCUGCUUGUCUCUUUUCGCAGUUUUAGAAUAUGGCCCAUUUUUUCUCUUUCCUUAAAUCUCAACCCCAUUUUUUGUAUUUUCGUUGGUUUUGCUCAGGGUAGAUUCCAAAAGGGUGUCUUGACUUUGUGGUGGAAUUCUCUUCUUUUUUUUUUCAUUAUAUUUGAGGUAUGGAGCAUUUCUUUCUUGAUCUUGAAGUGGAUGUCAAUGGAGAAGAGGUUUUUGUGGUGGAUGAGAGAGUUGUGUCAUCUUACUCGGGAAAGAUCAGUAGAUUGGUCGGGAAAUCAGAAGGCGUGGCACGUCGUCUGAAGGUGAUAUUCAACGACUUCCCGGGAGGGGCAGAGGGCUUCGAGCUCAUCACAAGGUUCUGCUACAGCAAGGGGAGAGUGAUCAUAACUCCUCUCAACAUUUUCAAUCUCACUUGUGCUGCACAUUUCAUGGAAAUGGACAAUCUAUCCGAGCUAACGGAGAAGUCCCUGCAAGAGGUUCGUUACUGGAGCUGGCACGAGCUUCUAGCAGCGCUGAAGCAGUGCCAGGAGCUGCUCCCCCGAGCCGGUUCACUGGCAUUGCUCGACAAGUGCCUGGAUUCCUUGAUUGGAAGAGUUGCAUCGUCGUGUGAGACGAGUCCAUCUCCGUCUGUCUCGUCCUCGGAUGGCUCUGGCUUAAGGCUGUCGUGUGACACGAGAAGCACGGAGAGCUUGAAGAGUGGCGCCUUCAGAGCCACGUGGUGGUUUGAAGACCUCGUGGCGUUUGGCAACGAUCUUAUCCAAAUGCUAGUAAAGCUAAUGGUGGCUAAAAAUUUUGAUAAUGGGAUUAUCAGCAGGUUUCUGUUUUACUAUCAGAAAUCAAGAUUUGCUUCUGCCUCAGCUGAUGACAAGGCCAAGAUUAUCGAAGCUGUUGUUGACAUGCUCGGGUCUUUAGAUUUGAGGUGCGUUUCGUACAGGAGCUUGUUCGGGAUGCUGAGAGUUGGCUUGAACACGAGCUUGAGCCAGUGCACCCGGGACAAGCUGGAGGGCAUGAUCGGCUCGCAGCUGGACCAGGCGACGUUAGAUGAUCUGCUCGUCCCAUCCCCGGUUGGAACGAGCUGCCUCUACGAUGUGAAUCUUGUUCUUAGGUUCUUGAAGUCCUUUCUUGGCAAGGGAGUUUGCUGCGUGCCAUUGAGCCGGCUGAGGAAAGCCGGAGCGUUGAUGGAUCUGUUUCUAGCCGAAGUAUCUCCCGAUCCUCACCUGAAGCCAUCCAAGUUCCUCGCCCUCAUCAUAGCGCUGCCCGACUCAGCUAGAGACUCGUGCGAUGGCGUGUACUACGCUGUGAAUCUCUACCUCGAGGUUCACUCGGGCUUGUCCGAGGACCAGAAGACGAAAGUAUGCCGCGGGUUAACCUACGAGAAGCUCACUCCACAAGCGCUCGACCACCUCACGCGCAACGCCAACUUCCCCCCGAAAUCUGCGGUGCAAGCCGUCGCCUCUCAGCAGCACAAGCUGAAAAGCUUGCUCCAAGACACGAGCCACGCCACUCCGGCCAGCCCCCCUCUCGAGGGGUCCAAGCAGGUCGUGCUCUACGCGAAGAAGUUCAACCUGACGGACGAGAACGAGAAGCUCAAGGCGCAUCUCCAAGGGAUGCAAUGGAGAGUGGUGGAGCUGGAGAAGGUGUGCAGGAAAAUGCAAGUGCAAAUGACAAAGGUGAUGAAAUCAAGAAUGGCAAGCCACAAUAGUGCUAAAUCUGUACCUAGGCUUUGUUCAUAGAAAUGAAUCAAGAUUUAAUUUUUUUUAGGCAUCUAAAAUGUUAUUGCAUAAAUCAAUGUGCAUAUGUCCAUUUUUUGUUUGUAGUAAGGUAGUAGUUGUCUUAAUCUCUGUGUUUAUACACAGAGAAUUAAAGUUUGGAUGUAUAUGAGUUGCAGAUAUCUGUUUAUUCUCUGCAAUUUGUUGGAGGGUCCAUUCCCACAAUAUAGGUUAAGUCCUUGUUCUUGUAGAGAAUGUACAAAUGUCAUGUCCCUUUCUAUUGUUAAAUUAUGUAGUUAUAUCUAA